UGACUUGCGAUACACAUUUUGGACGUUUGUCUGUCAUCUCUAUCAUCAUCGGUCAUCUAGAACAAUUUUAAACAUCCAUACAUUUCCAGCAGUCAGUUUUGAUAAAAAACUAAAAAAUUUCAGUAAUAUCUUCAAAAAUAUUUUGGAUGAACUUAAUCAUUUGACAUUGGAAUCAAAUCUCGUUAUUGGAAGAACUAAUUAAAAAUAAGUAUUGCGCAUCAAAGAUGAAAUAUGGACGUAUUGUGUUUAUACCUGCAGAAAAAGCUGGUACCAAUAACCGUUAGAUUAAUUGCUUCGAAUAGGAAUUAUGCGAGGUUAGCAGAGGUAGGAAGACUAGAAACACCCAAAGUAUCAGGUAAAUAUGAGACUGGACAGUUGAUUUUGCAUAGAGUGUUUGGAUAUCGAGGCGUAGUGCUGUUCCCUUGGCUAGCCAGAGUCUACGAUAGAGAUAUACCUCAACAUAGGGAUGGUGACGAAGAGCCCCAUCCUGGCGUUGGGAAGGAGGUCAGAGGGAGGACUCACACCUUCUACCAGGUCCUGAUCGAUCAAAGAGACUGCCCUUAUAUUAGAGCUCAAACAGAAGCAGUCACAUUUUUAGGGAACCAAGAAUCAUCUCGAAGUUUGUACGCUAUACCCGGUCUAGACUACGUUGCUCAUGAAGAUAUUAUACCUUACGUUAGUGCCGAAAAAACUCCACUGAAUCACGAACUGUUUGAUAAGUUCCUAAGCCCCAAUCCCAAAGGGGACCCGCCGUUUAUUGCGCAGGAAACACUGAAGGCGUGGCAGAAUAAAAAUCAUCCUUGGCUAGAACUGUCAGAUGUACAUAAAGAGACAACUGAGAAUAUUAGGGUUACUGUUAUACCCUUUUAUAUGGGGUGCAGAGAGUCACAUGCCAAUUCGGUGUAUUGGUGGCGUUACUGUAUAAGGCUGGAAAACCUAGGCUCGUUGAGCGUGCAGCUGAGAGAGAGACACUGGAGAAUAUUCUCACUUUCGGGGACUCUUGAAACCGUCAGAGGCAGGGGAGUCGUCGGUCAAGAACCGGCGUUGACGAGAACUUUACCGGCCUUCCAGUAUAGCAGUCAUGUUAGCCUUCAGGCGCCCAGCGGCCACAUGUGGGGAACCUUUCGGAUGGAACGAGAAGAUGGUUACACCUUUGACUGCAGAAUCCCUCCAUUCUCGUUAGAGAGCAAGCCGGACGGCGGUUCUGCCACUCCUCCUGAGACAGUCUGAAGUUUUUUUGUAUAUAAGCACAACUUUUAUUCCUGUAUAUAGAGCUUAUUUAUGAUUGUGUUACAACCGAAGAUAGUUUUUCUGUAUCUUAUAUUCUGAUGGUAAAUGUAAUAAAGACAGUUUUCAGAAUGAGAAUUCUUGUAAUCGUAACUUUUUCAUAUUUAGUUUCACUUUGUGCGCCUUGUAGAAUUAGACUCAAUAUAAAAAUGUAUUUAUUGUACAUUUAACUGAAACAUGAAUAAAUAGUGUAAUUAUUAA